UUAACCGACAUGGAAUAAUUUCAUUGGUGAGAGAAAAAAUUGAAAUAACACAAUAGAUUUCUAUCCACAUGUAUUAGAAGAAAAAAAAGGAUAAAACUCUCCAUUUUUAUUUUUCAGAUUUCCGUACCACUCAUGAGUCAGCACAUUAUGGUGAUUCGGAAAAUCAGUUAACUCUAACAACUUGGUUGACCGAGUGGCACUCUACGAGAAAGAAGCUCAUGUUUGGACAAGUACAACAUGUUAUGCUAUUUAUAGUUAUGCUUCCAUCUACCAUGAACUUCACAGUUUGUAUAUUAUGGCAGUUUUAAAUUACAAGCUACGAGUAAAAUUAUCCCGAUUAUAAAGAUCACAGACUGCAAGAACUUUGAGUGCCUAGUGGUUAUUUUGUUUGGCAAGAAAGAAAGAAAGAAAGAAAGAAAGAUGGAGAAUGAAAAUGCAAUUGCUGCAAGGAAAGGAGUUGAUGAUUGGCUUCCUGUCACUGCCUCCAGAGAUGCAAAAUGGUGGUCCUCAGCUUUCCACAAUCUCACUGCCAUGGUUGGUGCUGGUGUCCUCAGCCUUCCUUAUGCCAUGUCUAUGAUGGGCUGGGGUCCUGGCGCAGUGAUACUGAUACUGUCAUGGAUCAUCACCUUGUUCACUCUCUGGCAAAUGGUUGAGAUGCACGAAAUGACACCGGGAGUGCGAUAUGACCGGUACCACGAGCUAGGCCAGGCUGCAUUUGGCGAGAAGCUGGGUCUCUGGAUCGUGUGUCCACAACAGCUAACUGUUGAGGUUGGAACAUGCAUUGCCUACAUGGUUACUGGUGGCAAAUCACUGCAGAAGUUUCACAACACUGUUUGUCCCUCUUGUAAAGACAUCAGAACCUCCUACUGGAUUAUUAUCUUUGCUUCUGUGAACUUCGUUCUCUGCCAAUGCCCCAGCUUCAACUCAAUUUCCUUCAUCUCGCUUCUCGCCGCGAUCAUGUCCCUCGCUUACUCAACCAUUGCUUGGGGGGCUUCCAUCGAAAGAGGUGUUAAACCAGAUGUGGACUAUGGAUACAAAGCCCACAGCACUGCUGAUGGUGUGUUCAACUUCUUCUGUGCCAUGGGAGAAGUAGCAUUCUCUUAUGCAGGUCACAAUGUGGUUCUAGAAAUCCAAGCAACAAUGCCUUCAACUCCUGAGAAGCCAUCAAAGAAACCAAUGUGGAAAGGGGUUGUUGUUGCUUAUAUUGGAGUGGCUUUCUGCUACCUCCCUGUUGCCUUCAUUGGAUACUACGUAUUUGGAAACUCUGUUGAUGAUAACAUCCUCAUCACAUUAGAGCACCCCACUUGGCUCAUUGCUGCAGCUAACAUGUUUGUUAUUAUCCAUGUUAUUGGUGGCUACCAGGUAUUCUCAAUGCCUGUGUUUGAUAUGAUUGAAACCUACCUGGUGAAGCACUUAAAGUUAUCUCCUUCGUUUACCCUUCGCUUAGUCGCUCGCACGACAUUCGUAGGGUUGACCAUGAUAAUUGGCAUAUGCAUCCCAUUCUUUGGUGCUCUUCUUGGAUUUCUUGGAGGAUUUGCCUUUGCCCCAACAUCAUACUUUCUGCCUUGUAUUGUAUGGCUUAAAGUCAAGAAACCCAAGAGAUUUGGCUUGUCUUGGUUUGUCAACUGGACUUGCAUUGUGCUUGGAGUACUACUGAUGACACUAUCCCCAAUUGGUGCACUGAGAAAGAUCAUUAUUUCUGCAAAAGACUACAAAUUCUUCUCAUGAGUUAGUGCUGCUAACAUAGUAUUAGAAAUGUUCUGUUGAAGUAAUUUAAUCGUUAGUUUAUGGUUAGAUUCUAAUUCAGUUUUGUAGGAAAUGUUAGAGCGUUUUGGACUCUUUUACAAUAUUUAAAGUAAAGGAGAUCUUUCCCUUUUUUUUUCCUAGAUAAAUAAUCUGUUGCGAGGAUUCUUUGAAUUCCUUUGAUAACAUUUGUCCAAUGAAUUAUGUAAAUUAGAUAAAAUGUAAUUUUUUUUGUGUGAUUAUAAUCCAUGUGAAUGAUGUAACCGAAAAAAAAAAGUUCAUGUGAAUGAAGUACCUUCUGUGGCCAACUUUUAUUGUUUCAUUCUGAUACAUGUAGUAAGUGCAAUAAAUACUCUAAUUUGCACAAAAAAAAAAUAGCGAU